AGAGGCUUCGGGUUCGUUACGUUCGCGGAUCCGGCGAGUGUAGACAAAGUCCUGGCUCAGCCCCACCACGAGCAGGACUCCAAGACGAUUGACCCUAAAGUUGCAUUUCCCCGACGAGCACAGCCUAAGAUGGUCACAAGAACAAAGAAAAUAUUUGUAGGUGGAUUAUCGGCUAAUACAGUAGUGGAAGACGUAAAGCAAUACUUUGAACAGUUUGGCAAGGUAGAGGACGCCAUGCUUAUGUUUGACAAGACGACCAACAGGCAUAGAGGAUUUGGCUUCGUAACUUUCGAAAAUGAAGACGUGGUGGAAAAAGUCUGUGAAAUUCAUUUCCACGAAAUCAAUAAUAAAAUGGUAGAAUGUAAGAAAGCACAACCUAAAGAAGUGAUGUUUCCACCAGGGACGAGAGGAAGGGCACGUGGAUUACCGUAUACCAUGGACGCUUUUAUGCUAGGGAUGGGAAUGUUGGGUUACCCAAAUUUUGUUGCAACGUAUGGCCGAGGAUAUCCUGGAUUUGCUCCAAGUUACAGCUAUCAGUUCCCAGGUUUUCCGGCAGCGGCUUAUGGACCAGUAGCAGCGGCAGCCGUGGCGGCAGCAAGAGGAUCAGGUUUUGUUUUACGUGCAAACAGACCUGUCUUGAAUAGCUACAGUGCUCAACCGAAUUUUGGCGCACCCGCUUCCCCGGCAGGCUCCAACCCAGCCCGACCCGGAGGCUUCCCCGGGGCCAACAGC